AUGUCGGGAAGCUAUUCACAAAACCCUUCUACACCCGUUAUCGUGGCGCAACCGUAUGCAGCGAGUACUCCGUCUGUGGUAGUUAUUAACACUGUGAACAAAGAUGUUCAACAUGGAUGCCAUUUUCUUCUUUGGUUAAUAACAGGCGGCUUAUGGACACCGUGCUGGAUAGGAGCAUGUUGUGGCUGUUGUUGUCAACGACCUUGUUAA